UCGGCUUUCAUUUUGGGUUCAAAAUGUCACUGUUAUGUUUUUAGUCUCUUGCCUAAGGGGUGGGGGUGCCUUCAGCGUAAUACACCAUGUUUUCUUGGUUCGCCACAUUGUAAGACUACUAUCUUUUGAAAAUUUAAGCAUAUGCCUACUUUGAAGAACUAUAGACCUGCUACUGCAGCUCUACUAAACUAAUACCAGUAUUAAACAAUUUAAUCUUCCCGCGGCUUCUUCGUUUGUUGUGGACUCUGGUAGUAGGCUGUCCAUAUCAGGCUCAGAUAAUUCUGUGUACGAAUCUGAUGAUGCAAGUCUUGGAGCUACGUCAUUUUAUGUUACAGGAGCACAAACAUGGGGUGUUAGCAAUGUUGGAAGGUUCAUGGAUGCACCGGAUGGCAAUUAUAUAAUCUACAGUUCACACCAGUUUUCGAAUACAUCUGAUACAGAUCUGCUUCGAAAUGCAAGGAUGUCACCAUCAUCCUUAAAAUACUUUGGUAUUGGACUUGAAAAUGGAAACUGUGCAGUUACACUACAAUUUGCAGAAUUUGACUUCCCAGAUGGUCAGACUUGGAAGAGCAACAGGGAGAAGGGUUUUCGAUAUAUAUGUUCAGGCAGGAAUUCUCACACUGUUGUUAGGAAGCAGUACAUUGUUCCUGUCACGAAGAACUUUCUUGAGAUUCAUCUCUUCUUGGCUGGCAAGGGCACUUGCUGCAUUCCUACUCAAGGCUACUACGGGCCUGCGAUCUCAGCUUUGAGUGCAACACCAAGUACUUCUUUUGACUUGAAAUAAUGGUUUUAAUACCACCAUCAUAUAUUCUCCAGAUUAACUUGGUAGAAAUACAUACUAAGUUAUGCUGAAUGUAAUCCUAUGCAGCUUGAAAUAAUAGCAAAGGGAAAUACUUAAGAAAAUGAUGGUCGGCCUAUA